UCCCCUUUGCUUGUCAGCAUAAAGGCUGAACCGGACGCCAUCGAAAUCAUUGAUACUGAAGAGGAGGAGGAGGAAGAUGACCAAACGAUGGCACCCCACCUGAAGUUGAUCCAGGCUCAGUUACAGUAUUUGGGUCGCCUGCCUUCGGACGUCAUUCUGAAGGCAAACAAGAUGGUUCUUUUCACCCUCCAGAAGUCUUCCACGCUCUGGUGCCUUCCGCCCUCCUUACGAUCUCUUGUCUACACCAUUCUCCUGCCGAGCAUCCAACACAAAGACUUUCUCAUUCGGAAGGAGGCUCUGCUGGCUCUCGGUCUUACCUGUACCAUGGAUUUGGCCUUGACCAAGCAUGUGAUCCGAACGACGUGGCAUCACGGUGAGACCAAUAACCUGAUCCCAUCCUUUCUCUUUCAAAUGAAGGCGGUCUUUAUAACGCAGCCUCAGUGGCAACGGAUCAUAUGGCAAUCUGGUUCUAUCCUAAAAUUUGAUAUUGUUUGUCCUCAGGCCCAACAACUCUUUUACACUACCCGUCUGGUGCCCGGCGAGUUGGUUGCCCGUACCGACUUGCUGACAGAUUCUCCUAAUCUAUAA